AUGUUUUGUCAGGCAGUUCGUGAACAAGUUUAUGGUUCUCGUUAUCAAUGGAUUAUUCUUGGUUAUCCAUCAUUAUCAACUUGGUGGAAUGAACCAACUGAUUGUUCAAUCCAAGAAAUAAUUCGUGUAAUUAAUGGUACAUUAAAAACACGUCUACCACGUUUAUCUAUUGAUGAUAAUGAAAAUCAAUCAGAAUAUAUCACGGAAUAUAUAAAACAAUUUUCUAAAUUAGAAAAAGAUUAUUUUGAUGCUUAUGUAUAUGAUACAAUAUGGAGUUUAGCAUAUCUUUAUCAAUCACAUUUAUUAAGUAAUCAAUCGAUUACUGGAAUAUUUAAAAAUGUUCUUGAAAAUAUUGAUUUUAUUGAUGCUACUGGAAGAGUCAGGUAUUUAAAUGGUGGACGAAUAGGUCAAGGACUUGUUGAACAAUUUAUUCAUAAGAAAAAUAUUUAA